AUGUCGAUUACAUUUAAAAAAAAAGUAUCAUCAACAUCAAAUACUCGUUUACCAUUAGGUACACAUUUAAAUUCAAAUGGAACAUUAUUAUUAACAUCAUCUGGUAUAUCAUCCCUGGAUACAUUUAUAGGUGAAGGUUUACCUAUUGGUUCACUUGUACUUAUAUAUGAAGAUAAAUAUUCAAAUAUAUCAGAUUCUAUUUUACGUUGUUAUCUAUCUGAAGGUAUUUAUAAUAAACAUGAUUUAUGUAUAUCAACAUUAAGAACUGAUCUAAUAGAAAAUUUACCAACAAAAGAAGAAGAAUAUCAAAUAUUAGAUAAUGAUAUAAAUAAUGAUAAUGAUAAAAUGAAAAUAGCAUGGCGUUAUGAAAAUCUUUCAACAAUUAAUUCAUCAUCAAUAAAAAAUAUUCAUUAUGAUUUACAAAGUAACAAACCAAUAUCAAAUGAAUUAAUUGAAAAAAUUAAUAUUCAUAAAUUAACAUGGAAUAAUUAUAUAGAAGAAACUCAUAGAUUAAUAUCAUAUAGAAAUUAUUUAUUAAAAUAUCUUCAUAAAAUUUUAACAACAAAUUAUUCAUCACAAUCUAUUGAUAAACAUAUUCUUCGUAUUUGUAUACAAUCAUUAUCAUUAUCAUUAUUUGAUCAUGAUAAUAAAAAUCAUUUUGAUGAAUUAUUUUCAUUUUUAUAUUAUCUUCGAAUAUUAUUACGUACAUCAUUAGCAACAUGUAUAAUAACAUUAAAUGAAAAAUCAAAAUUAUUUGAAACAUUAGCUGAUAUUAUAUUUGAAUUAAAAUUAUCAAAUAUUAAUCAUAAUGAUUAUAUUGGUUUUUGUCAAUUAAUUAAAUUACCACGUUUAAAUACAAUUCAAUCAUUUAUUCCUGAUACAUGGGAUAUUGGUAUAAAAUUAAUAAAACAUCGAAAAAAUCUUAUUUUUGAAAAAUAUUCUAUACCACCUGAUCUAAGUCAAGAUGCAAGUCGUGAUGAAAAAAAUAAAACAUCAUUAUCAUGUGCAUCAUCAACACAUUUAGAUUUUUAA